AGUACACAAUGCAAAAUUGCAACUUAGUGAGCUAUCGGAACUUUAUAAGAAAUACCUUCUUUACAAAAGCGAUCCAGUUCAGAGUGCUAUAUAUGAAUUUAACUGGGAUAAAUGCCUAGAGAAAUUAAAUGAAUAUGUGGUUCAGAUAAAACGGCUAGGCUCCGAUUUCGAGAUUCCAUCAGAAUUAAGGAAUUCAAAGCUUUCAACAUUUGUCAAUAAACAUAAUAAUUUCAAGUCAUUGGAUCUUAUAAGUAUUAAUAACUCGGACGUAACUUCUCAGGAUGUCUUGCAACUUCCUAUGUCUGAUCAAUUUAUGUAUUUUGGUGACGUUGGGACGGCUUCAAAUCAUAAUGGCGUGUUUUCCCGUGACAAUAUUAUCCCUAUCAAUAAUGUAAAUGACAAUAAGGUUAACCAUAAUAUAUCAUUGCCAGACCUAAUGAUAUUGGAUGAAAAUGAUAUACCCUCUGUAAAGCAUAGCACUUCACAGUCCUCCAAAAAAUCCAAAAAAUCUUGUGCAAAGCUGACCAACAAUCAAUAUUUAACUAAUCAAUGCAUUCAGCCCCGAAUUCAUAGUGGGCCGGUAAAAAAUAAAGCGUGUAUUGUCCCGAUGAAACGUUCUGCUUCUACUGUAUUAAAACAUUAUACAUUUGUACAUACAAAAUCGCCAUCACAACGAUUGGAUAAAAAAUUGCGAGGGGAAAAAUACAAAAGUCAGAUAGAAUCAUUUGACGAAGAUAAAAAUAUUAUACUUGAAUACUUUGAUAGCGGGAGCAUAUCUAAUCCAAUAUCUCUCAUUUCGAGCGAUGAGGAGGAUGAUGUUUUGACGAUUAGUCCUACUCGCACAGUGACUAAACAAGAAGUAACCCAGCCGAUUGCUAUUGAGAGUCAUAAAAGAACCGAUUUCUCAAACUCAGAAGAACAAGAAUUAGAUACA